AUGCCCCUGCUCCCCGAACCCGCGCGGCCCGCGGAGCUCGGGCCGCGGGGUCUCGGGCGCGCCGCCACCCACAGCGCCUCGCUCCCGGACCUGCGCGGGCCCCCGCCGCCAGGCGGAGGCAAGAUCGGGAGACGGAGAGCGCUGCCGACGGGCCUCUUCGACGUCGAGGCGGGCGCCCGCGAGGGGCGCGGGCCCCAGGCGCCCGCCCGGGGCUGGCGGGCCGCGCUGCAGGCCUGCGAGAGUUCGGCGCUGGCCGCCGACCUGGGCGGCGCGGCGCCGGCCUCCAGGCUCUGGAGCGGAAGACCCUCGGGGCCGUCGUCGCUGGCGGCGGCGCCGUGGACCACCAAGGUCACGAAGGGCGGCGACGCCUCGCUGCUGCCGGCGAUCGCGCCCAGCGGCUCGGUGGCGUGGAGCGUGCGCAUGGCCAAGGAGACCACGCGGCUCGCGCAGGCGUGGACCGGAGUGUUCUGA